AUGAACGCACAGCAAUCUGAAACAGCUGGCUCGACUCAGCCGGACCAUCUAUACAAAGGAAGGCGAGCUUCGCUGCCCCUCAACAUCGUAGUCAUAGGAUGUGGUUUGGGAGGUCUCGCUGCUGCAUAUUGUCUUGCACAGGCAGGCCACAACAUCACCAUCCUCGAAGCAGCGUCAGCCAUCGGUGACAUAGGCGCUGGUAUCCAAUCCAGCCCCAAUGUCUCGCGUCUCUUGAUGCGUUGGGGUCUCGGCCCACAGCUUCAAGAAAUUGGUGUCAAAAUCCAGGCGCUAAGCCUUAAACGAUGGAGCAACGAUGAAGUCGUAGGGUGGACACCCCUUGGAAAUUUGAUUGAUAAGGAAUACGGGUUUCCUUUCUACCUCUUACAUCGAGCUGAUUUCCACCGCGUGCUCUACGAAGCCGCUGAGCCACACUGUAACAUCCGUGUUAAUAGCCGCGUUGUAUCCGUGGAUCCAUCGAAACCUAGUGUGACGCUUGCAUCCGGGGAGAUCGUAUAUGCCGACUUACUCAUUGGCGCCGACGGAGUCAAGAGUGUUACUCGGGAGCAUGUUGUUGGCGGGCCCGAUAAACCCAGGGCUACUGGAGAUGCUGCUUACAGAGCCCUCAUCCCGGCUGAGAAACUUCUACAGGAUGAUGACCUGAGACCAUUGGUGGAGAAGAUGGAAUCGAAUAUAUGGAUGGGCCCCGGGGGUCACAUUGUCGGCUAUACUAUUCGCGCCAAGAAAGAGUUUAACCUCGUCAUGAUGCACCCUGAUGAUACUGAAGGGGGCAUAGAAUCAUGGACUGCUGAAGGUAAUGUGGACAAAAUGAUAGAAACCUACAAGGGAUGGAAUACCACGUUAGUAACUCUGUCUUAUACCCGCCUUAUGCUUUUGUUGAAUGGUGGCGCGGCACGCAGUGUUCAAAAGCUUCUGGCACUUGUUCCGUCGACGCUCAAUUGGAGAUUGAUGGACCGAGACCCACUGCCUUCGUGGAUUCACAAGGAUGGCAAGUUGGCCUUGUUGGGCGACUCAUGCCACCCAAUGCUGCCUUACCGUGCACAAGGGUCGGCCAUGGCGAUUGAAGACGCUGCCGUCCUAGGCAACCUAUUCUCGCACUGCUCGGAUCGUUCGCAGAUUGCGCCACUGCUCUAUGCCUACCAGUCUAUCCGGUACCACCGUGCUACCGCGACACAGAGGUCCUCAAGUCUAAACCGGUUCAUAUUCCACAAACCCGACGGGCCGGAGCAAGAGGAGCGUGAUCGUGAGAUGCGCGCGGCCAAGGAGGACGCUUUGCGUGUUGCGCGUGGCGAGAAGAGCACAUAUACACUAACAGGCAAUUCGAAUCAAUGGGCUGAUAAGACGAAGAGCGACAUCCAAUUUGGAUACGAUGCGGAUGAGGAGGUGGAAAAGUGGUGGCUCGUGAAUGGGAAAAGGCUUAUGGCCCUUGCUCCUUCAAUCGAACUCAAGCCAAGAGUCAUGUCUUCUGCAAAUCGCGAUCACUAA